AUGAAUAAAGAUAGCGAACUAAGUAACUACUUCAGGAUUAAUAGCGAUUUCGUGAAUAAAAUUGAAAAUGAAAUCGAAAAGUUUUAUGUGUGGACAUACAAAAGUCCAAAUGCGGACCGCUACCCCGAUGUUGUUUUUUUUAAAUGCUUAGUUCUUAGCGUCGAUGGAGACAAUUAUAGAGUGAAGGAAAUUUGCCCAGAGACGAACAGCGAGUAUGUAGUGAAAAAAGAGUAUUUGUUUAAUUGUAAUAAUAUGGUGAAUGUAAAUAGUCAUAGGUUAAACGAUCUGCUGCAUCAAAAUUCGGCAGAGGUUUUAAACACCUUGGCCAUGAGGUAUGAACAGAAUUUUAUCUACACUAUAGCCGAGCCAAUGUUAAUUUCGAUAAACCCAUACCAAAUUAUUGAUGUUAAUAUGGAUGAUUACAAAACUAGGAAUUCGGAUGAACUUCCUCCGCAUGUCUACACGUAUGCGAAGGAUGCAAUGCUUGAUUUUAUAAAUACUAAGAAUUGUCAAUCCAUUAUUAUAAGCGGGGAAAGUGGGUCUGGUAAAACGGAGGCCUCCAAGCUGAUUAUUAAGUUUUACCUUUCUGGGGUUAAGCAGGACAACAAUAUAUCGAAAACGUUGUGGGACUCCAACUUUAUACUAGAGGCCUUCGGAAACGCCAAAACUAUAAAGAAUAACAAUUCCAGCAGAUACGGAAAGUACAUUAAAAUUGAAAUGGACGGAAACCAGAACAUUGUCUCCUCUUGCAUUGAAAUUUUUCUCUUGGAAAAGAUAAGAGUCGUGUCACAGGAGCAAGAUGAAAGAAGCUACCACAUUUUUUACCAAAUCCUCCAAGGGAUGAGUAAGGAGAUGAAGAAAAAGUACAACAUUAAAUCUGAAUCGGAGUACAAGUACAUUUCUAACAAGUCCAUUACCAUACCGGAAAUUGAUGACGCCAAAGAUUUUGAGAAUUUAAUGACUUCCAUGGACAAAAUGAAUAUGUCUACUUUGAAGGACGAUCUGUUCCUGACCCUAUCAGGAAUAAUGCUAUUGGGAAAUAUUGAAUUUAACGAAAUUGAGAAGGGCGGGAAAACAAAUUGUAGCGAGCUGAGUGAAGAAAAUUUAAAGGUUGUUCAGGAGACAAGUGACUUGUUAGGCAUCGACUACGCCAGCUUGAGCAACAAUUUAACAUUCACAGAAAAGAAUAUUGCAAACCAGAGGAUAGAAAUCCCGCUAUCUGUUGAAGAGUCCUUAUCCAUUUGUCGAUCCAUUUCGAAGGACAUAUACAAUAAAAUAUUUGAGUAUAUCACGAAGAAGAUAAAUGCGUUUUUAAACAAUAAUAAGGAGUUGGAUAGCUAUAUAGGAAUACUUGACAUUUUUGGUUUCGAAAUUUUUCUCAAAAAUUCUCUGGAGCAGCUACUCAUUAAUAUAGCCAACGAGGAGAUUCACAACAUAUACUUGUACGUGGUGUAUGAGAAGGAGUCCAACCUGUACAAGAGCGAGGGUAUCAUCGCUGAGUCUGUGAAGUACACAACGAAUGAAAGCAUCAUCGACUUGCUUCGGGGGAAGACGAGUGUGAUCUCCAUUUUGGAGGACUCAUGCCUGGGCCCAGGAAAGAAAGACGAGUCCAUCGUGGGAGUUUACACGAACAAGUUCGCUAAGCACCCGCAUUACGCCACAUGCAAAAGGGACAUGAACCGGAGCUUCAUCAUUAAGCACACCGUUAGCGACGUUACCUACAACAUUUCAAACUUCAUUUCGAAGAAUAAAGAUAUUUUGUCGCCCAACGUCUUGAGGAUGCUGAAGGACUCCAAGAACAACCUAUUAAGAAGCUUGUACGAAGAGGUAGAAGUAACAGACUCCUUGGGAAGAAAAAACUUAAUCACAUUUAAAUAUUUGGAAAAUCUGAAAAAAAUCAGCUCCUAUUUGAAAAACACAAAUAUAUAUUUUAUAAAAUGCAUUAAGCCAAAUGAAAAUAAAGAGAAGAAUAAUUUCAAUCAGAGGAAAGUUUUCCCUCAAUUAUUUUCCUUGUCCAUUGUUGAAACUUUGAAUAUAAAAUAUUUUUUUCAGUAUAAAUACACCUUUGCUUCUUUCCUUGGCUAUUAUCAAUACUUGGACUUGUCCACUUCGAAUGACAAUGGGUUGGACGACAAGGGCAAGGUCUCCAAGAUGCUUCAGCGGUACCUGGACCACGAUUCAUACAAGAUCGGAAACACCAUGGUCUUCUUAAAAAAGGAGGCCAUCCAGACCAUUCGAGAAAUAAUUUACAACAACCUAAAGAACUACAAAAACCUGUGCAGCAUUACCAGCGCGUUGAUUACAAAAAUUAAGAAGAAGACAACGGUGGACGAAAACAUAAAGCAUUUGCAGCUAGCUCAGGCGUACUUCAGAAAGCACAAGUACAUUGCGCAGUUGUAG